ACAUGUCUGCUUCUUACAACACCGAGGCACAUGGUUCCAGUUAGGCACCGAACCCCACCAGGAACGAGAGGAAAUCCACCUCUGUGGGACGCUCCGCACGGAACCACCUCCAGCGCGGGAGGCCGGGGGACUGCAGCACCGAGAUGAAGGGCUAGACCGAGGGAACGCUGCUCAUGCGACGGCCGGGAGCGCCUGCGAGCUGGAUCUGGUGGAGGAUGCUGCGGCAGGUGCUUCGCAGAGGGCUCCAGUCGUUCUGCCACAGGCUGGGCUUGUGCGUGAGCCGGCACCCGGUCUUUUUCCUCACCGUGCCCGCAGUCCUGACCAUCACCUUCGGCCUCAGCGCGCUCAACCGCUUCCAGCCCGAGGGCGACCUGGAGCGCCUGGUCGCUCCCAGCCACAGCCUGGCCAAGAUCGAGCGCAGCCUGGCCAGCAGCCUUUUCCCCCUGGACCAGUCCAAAAGCCAGCUCUAUUCGGACUUACACACCCCUGGGAGGUAUGGCAGGGUGAUCCUCCUCUCCCCACCCGGGGACAAUAUUUUGCUCCAGGCUGAGGGGAUCCUGCAGACCCACCGAGCCGUGCUGGAAAUGAAGGUGAACCACAAGGGCUAUAAUUAUACUUUUUCCCAUCUGUGUGUGUUGAGAAAUCAGGAUAAGAAAUGCGUGCUGGAUGAUAUUAUUUCAGUGCUAGAGGAUCUCAGGCAGGCUGCCGUCUCCAAUAAGACAACAGCCAGGGUGCAAGUGAGGUAUCCCAACACUAAAUUAAAGGAUGGGAGGAACAGUUUUAUUGGACACCAACUGGGAGGGGUAGUGGAAGUGCCAAACAGCAAAGACCAGCGGGUCAAGUCAGCCAGAGCCAUUCAAAUCACCUACUACCUCCAGACCUAUGGCUCUGCCACCCAAGACCUUAUAGGGGAGAAGUGGGAGAAUGAGUUCUGUAAGCUUAUGAGGAAGCUCCAGGAGGAGCACCAAGAACUCCAGCUCUACUCCUUAGCAUCCUUUAGCCUCUGGAGAGACUUUCAUAAGACCAGCAUUCUGGCCAGAAGCAAGGUCCUGGUGAGCCUCGUGCUGAUCCUGACCACAGCCACCCUGUCCAGCUCCAUGAAGGACUGCUUGCGCAGUAAGCCCUUCCUGGGCCUCCUGGGGGUGCUUACAGUGUGCAUCUCCAUCAUCACAGCAGCAGGGAUCUUCUUCAUCACGGAUGGAAAGUACAACUCCACCCUGCUGGGAAUCCCGUUCUUCGCCAUGGGUCAUGGAACUAAAGGAGUAUUUGAGCUUCUGUCUGGAUGGCGGAGAACCAAAGAAAAUCUGCCCUUCAAAGACAGGGUAGCAGAUGCCUAUUCUGAUGUGAUGGUCACCUAUACCAUGACCAGCUCCCUGUAUUUCAUCACCUUUGGCAUGGGUGCCAGCCCAUUCACAAACAUAGAGGCGGUCAAGAUCUUCUGUCAGAACAUGUGUGUCUCCAUUCUGUUGAAUUACUUCUACAUUUUUUCCUUCUUUGGCUCCUGUUUGGUCUUUGCGGGCCAACUAGAGCAAAACCGUUACCACAGCAUCUUCUGCUGUAAGAUCCCGUCUGCAGAAUACCUGGACCGCAAACCUGUGUGGUUCCAGACAGUGAUGAGUGAUGGGCAUCAACAGACAUCCCAUCACGAGACGAACCCCUACCAGCACCACUUCAUCCAGCACUUCCUCCGCGAACAUUACAAUGAAUGGAUCACCAAUAUCUAUGUGAAGCCAUUUGUUGUCAUCCUCUAUCUCAUUUAUGCCUCCUUCUCCUUCAUGGGGUGCUUGCAGAUCAGUGACGGAGCCAACAUCAUCAAUCUACUAGCCAGUGACUCCCCAAGCAUUUCCUAUGCCAUGGUUCAGCAAAAAUAUUUCAGCAACUAUAGCCCUGUGAUAGGAUUCUAUGUCUAUGAACCCCUCGAGUACUGGAACAGCAGCGUCCAGGAGGACCUACGAAGACUCUGUAGUGGAUUCACUGCAGUGUCCUGGGUGGAGCAGUACUACCAGUUCCUGAAAGUCAGCAAUAUCAGUGCCAAUAACAAAAGUGACUUCAUCAGUGUCCUACAAAGCUCAUUUUUAAAAAAGCCAGAAUUCCAGCAUUUUCGAAAUGAUAUCAUAUUCUCCAAGGCAGGGGAUGAAAACAACAUCAUUGCUUCUCGCUUGUAUCUGGUAGCCAGGACUAGCAGAGACAAGCAGAAGGAAGUCAUAGAAGUGUUGGAAAAGUUGAGGCCCCUGUCCCUCUCAAAGAGCAUCCGAUUCAUUGUGUUCAAUCCCUCAUUUGUUUUCACGGAUCAUUACAGCUUAUCUGUCACUGUGCCUGUUCUAAUUGCAGGCUUUGGUGUUCUCCUGAUGUUAAUCCUGACUUUUUUCCUAGUGAUCCAUCCUCUGGGAAACUUCUGGCUAAUUCUUAGUGUCACCUCAAUUGAGCUGGGCGUUCUGGGAUUAAUGACAUUAUGGAACGUCGACAUGGAUUGCAUUUCUAUCUUGUGCCUUAUCUACACUUUAAAUUUUGCCAUUGACCACUGUGCACCACUGCUUUACACGUUUGUAUUAGCAACUGAGCACACCCGAACACAAUGUAUAAAAAGCUCCCUGCAAGAGCAUGGGACAGCCAUUUUGCAAAAUGUUACUUCUUUUCUUAUUGGGUUGGUUCCCCUCCUAUUUGUGCCUUCAAACCUGACCUUCACACUGUUCAAAUGCUUGCUGCUCACAGGGGGUUGCACACUUCUGCACUGUUUUGUUAUUUUACCUGUGUUCCUAACCUUUUUCCCCCCUUCCAAAAAGCACCACAAGAAAAAGAAACGUGCCAAACGAAAGGAGAGAGAAGAAAUUGAAUGCAUAGAAAUUCAAGAGAACCCUGAUCAUGUCACCACAGUCUGAGGGGGUGUAGACUAAUGGAUUAUUUUUCUUUUCCAGUAUUGCACAAUGAUGCAGGGCGAGUUAAGCUCAGACCUCAGCUGCUUGGGCUGGCCAGGGGUAACAAGGCAAGUCAGAGCACGAGUGCAUUACUCAUGACACAUCCAAGUGUCUGCUUCUUGGGGGGAAGAGGGAAUAAACACGAGGGGGGAAGUUCUUUGCACCCUUGUUCUCCACAAAGGAUAAGUUUCUGGACAUGAUCUUAGAGCUUUUCCAAGGAAUUGACAAAUCAAAUGGAAUGUUAAGGUAGAAGGGCAAAAGAACCAACUACUUUUAAAAAGAAAAUGAUUAGGAGAGAUGGAAUAGAGAAGAAAUGUGGGCCGCCAAACAGGGGAAAAGACAUAGGAAAUGUCAAAAUCACCAUGGCACUUUCCUUGUUUGUUUUUUGAAGACUGGUCAAAGGAAACCUAUGCACUUGGGAAGUACGUAUUUAAUCUUGUCUAAACCAAAGGUCUUCCCAAUCCAUUUUAUGUGUACAUAAAUAUGUAUAUAUGCUUUAUAUACAUAUACUUAUAUUUGUCUUUAGUGUACAUUGACAUUUGUAUGGAGGAAGGUGUCCAUUUGCAGAUAGGCUGGCCUUUCUCUAAAGAGUCACAUCAGCCUUAGCCAAAUAUUUAGACUCACUAAUGUCCAUUCAAAAUCAAUUCAAGUGUCUCUGCAGCAACAGCAUUGUUCAACUGUGUAAUAAACAAUGGUGUGGGUUCAUUUGAUGAUACAUAUCAUACUGUCAUUGAGACUUGCUUUGGAUGAUGUAUCAAAAAAAAAAAAAACUCAAAAGGCACUUGAAUUAAUUACCACAUGGACAAGGUUUAAAUUAUCAUGUUAAAACUAAAUAGUUGAUAUGGUUUUUCAUUGGCUUAUAAUAUUUUUCAGUAUUUGGAGGGCUGAUAAGGCUACCAUUAAAGAGCUCAACCACCUGCAAAUGAGCACUUGAUCCAUACUUUCCAUACAUAUGUGUGUAAGGGUACAUAAUGUGUGUGUGUAUGUGUGUGUGUGUGAGAGAGAGAGAGAGCGAAAGAGAGAGAAAGAGAGAAUUCCAUAGUUACAGCAUUCUUGUUUUAGAUGUUGAAAAAUAUACUGCCAUGGAAUACAAAUAAUUAAUGAAGGAGAAAGAAAACAUACCUAGGAAACAUGUUUUAAAGAGAAAUAGAACUCAUGCACCAUCAAUUGGUUCUUAAUGUAAGGAAAAUAUUCUAAUCUUAUAGACUUUAGUGUGUUCCUUGCAUUAAUAUUUGGAGCAUUAACCCAAGCCAUGAUCAUUAUAGUAGUGAUCACAGCAACAAUUGCAAUAUCAUUUUGUAGCUUCUUGCAAUAUCAUUGUUCUUGUUACCUGGAAAGUUGCCUGCAAGGGUGAUUGAAGCUCUCCACAGGUGGAAUAUUAACUCUAACUGCUGCUGAAUUCUUUCUCCAAAAAAGUACUGAGGUCAAUGUUUUCAUUGAAUUAAAGUUUAAAACUUCAUCCUAGCAGAUAGACUGAGUCUGUUGGGUGCUUAUAAGGAUUAAUGCUGUGUUUCCUGUUGCAGAAAAUUACUAGAAAAUGCCUUUUCCCACACCAAAUAGUAACAUCAUUUAUUUCCAGGUAGGACAGAACAAAUGACCAGUUGAUUGUAAAAUAUUCUAGUAAAGUCUUUUACCUGGAAGAAAUCUACUGUUUCCCCACUAACUUUGGUUGUAUGUUGUUUUGUUCUUAGAUUCAGAUAAGUUCAGAAAAGAGAUUUUAAAAAAUUGCAUUCUGGUAACAAUCUUUGGAAGUGAAACAGAUUAAUGAAGUAAUAAAAUAAUGGCUUUUACAAGUAGAGUUUGCUAUAUUAUGAAGGACAAGAGACAAGACUCUCUAAGAUGUAAAACACCGAAGUAAAAUUUUAUUUAUUGAAUAGAGUUUGUUUUGUCCUAUCUUGGAGCUAUUCAGUUUCUACUAGAAAUGAGCCAUGUCUUUCCCAUUGUGUUUUUGGGGGCACAAAAUCUAGAUAUUUGAACAUGGAAAAUAGUUACCUGUUAUAGGGUUAUUGUUUUUACAUCAUUUGUAAAUUCAUGUCACAGAUAACCCUAGACUUUUGCCUCAUGAACUACUGCGCUAGGAUGAACUGGUGUUUAGUUCUAAUGAACCUCCAAACCAUGAUCUCAUCUCUGAUGUAGAAAUGUGUGAGGAGUUUCUCUGUUUUUGUUUUGAUUUUAGAAAUGAGCAGGGGAGGAAUUCCCUUUUCACAGAUACCCAUUAUGGUAAAGGUUUUUUUCAAAAGGUGACAUUUAAUGAGGUGAGAAAUCCCAUUAACUAUCACUCCAUUUGUUUCCAGGAUGUGCCAUACUCCAUUCCUUCACUUAAUUUUUAAAAGCUGACCUACUUGAACCACUUGAAUUCAUUAUCACAGAUCAUUCCACAGGAAGUAUGAUCUAUAAAGGAAUAAUUAAGCAUGCUAGUAGAAAAGUGUACAUGGGGAUAGUAGUGUGUGCUACCAAACCACUAGGGCAGUUCUGAUAUGUUUCUACUCAGACAGUCCCUAUUUAUGUGAGGAAAAACAAUUCUUUUUUUAGAUUACAUCUUUAAGGAAGGAAGUAUCUAAAGUAAAUAUAAAUUUCUCAUUGUCCAAGUGACUAGAGAGCUGGCAUUUUGGAAUAGACAUUAUCUUUUCCAGGACACCAUGGUACUCUAUAGUGAAAUGUAGCAAUAAUUUACUGAAAUGGAAUUUCUGGUUCUGGAAGAGUCAAUCUACCACCUAAAAUGCCUUAACUCAUUCCUAAGAAGUAAUUUAAACCCAGGAAGAAAUCUGAGUAUCAUCUGACUUCCCAACUUCACUGUGAAACAGCUAUUUCCAAGAAUUCCAUUUACUGAAUGCCAAGAUACAUCCUAAAAGAUGAGAUCAUGAUUUGCAGGUAACUCCCACCAAGCUCAGCAUUUCCUGGUAGCUUGUGUGCACCACUCCCUAGUUUUACAAGCUUAUCCUCAUUAUUUUGUUCAUUUGUGAAGAACUGAGAGUGUUCAAAUUACAAACUUAUAUCUACUAUCAACAGAUGACAAAUCCACUACUAAAAAAGAAAAAAACCUAUGGGAAAUAACUCAUAUUUGAGUAUUUUGUUCAGUUGAAAUGUGUUUUUCUCCAAAAUGAGGGAAUUUUUUAAGUUUUCAAACACCACACAUUUUCUUUAUUUAAAUUGAAAUGUGGAUUGGUUUCCUCCCACCAGAAUAUAAAUUUGAAUUAGGAAGUAUCUUGUAAACUCUACUUUUCGUAAAGUUAAUAAAGCUUCAAAGAGGUACUCACCUAAAUUACAGAGAUUCUUAAUGUCUCCUGGUUGAAGUUAAUUACUGGCUAACUUAGGGCAUACAAACCAUUCUAUGCUGGUUACUGUCUUUGGAAAUGAAACUUAACAAUUUUUAAUGAAAGGCAUGUUUAGAUGUCAGCCCAUGAAUUCUUGCAGUGACCACGAGCCUCUUUGAUAGUUGUGCAUGAAUAUUCUAUGAAAGAAUUGUCCUUGGUUGUUGUGUAAUGUUAGUGUCCCUGUUCAAUUUUACUCCCAUUUCUUUCUAGAGUUUAGGCUUUACCUUGUGAGGUAAGAAGAAUUAUGGCAAGUGAAAUUCCUACAGUGCUAUAAUAGCCAUCCUUGUACGUUGAAUUCAAGAAUGUGAAAGCUUUGCCAAUUUUGUAAUUAUCCAUAGCACUUUCCCAUGAUAAGCUAAUCCUUAUGGCCUGUAGUUAGAGCUAGGGAUUAACUAUUGCCAUUCAGAAUUACAUGUAUUUUUAUAAGUUGACUGUAAAUAUCAUAAUUACAGUCACAUAUUUUAUUGCCAAGUAGUAUGAACGCACAGCACUAUGCAUGCAUUGUUACUAAUAGUACAUAUAUUAUUAUUAAACACACUAUUUUCAGGGUUAUUGCACAUUUCAUUAAAAUUCUCAUAUCACUUGUUCAUAAAUGCCUCAUGGGUUUUGGUCCCAAAGGACUGAAGUCCACAGAAAGUUCCUCACAGGGGAAGUAAUUUAAAAAGUACUUCCAAGGGUCUCAAUCCUAGCUACCCCUUCCAGAAUGUUCUCUGGAAUAUCCUGGUAACUCAUCUGGCUUUCAGGUCAUAAGCCUCAAAGAUCUUGCAUUAAUCAGUUAGUAAAUGCACUUUCAUGGCCUUUAUUUGCUAAUCUCAUGGUGAACCAGAGAAUAUAAUACCUUGAGACUAGAGUUUAGAUAUUUUCUCCUAGCAAUUAGAGAAUUGAAUGAGUUGCUGAACCUCUUACCAGAAGGAUCUCUAUUCUCUCUGAUUUGUUGGUGGUUAUAAAUAGUAUUGAUAGUCUUUUCAAAUGUGAACCUGAAAACUGUCAUUUAUUCCAAUUCCCUUUAAAAACAAAAAGCAACAAACAAGAAUUUCUUGGUUUUUUGUGUGUUGCCAAAAAAAAAUGCCCAACAUUGAGUCAAAACCUUAUUUAUAGCUGAAUUUGUUUGCCCUGAAUUCUCCCAUUCAGAAACGCAACACAAACUCCACACCAUCACUAUUGUAUAGGCCUCUAUACAAACUCCUUUAUAAAGCGAUGAUCUGCAGUUACAUUGUAUAGGGAAGAAGAGGUUUUUUAAUUUUUGUUUUACUUUUUGCCUUCAAAAUGACUGCCGCAAUAUUGACCCAAACAAAAGCAGCAAAACCAUAAAUGAAAGCAACAAGCCUCUUUGCAUGACAUCCAGCAUAGGAAAGACUGUGGAUAAGGACAGUAAUCAUGUUCUAGUUGGGAGAUAAAGAGGCAUUGUUCGAAAUGUGGAGUUGGAUCAGAUAACAUUCAGAAGGAUUUAGGGAGAUAAGCCCUAUAUAUCUAUAAGUAGAUGUGAGAAGUAGAAUAAUUCCUCAUAUUUUAAUGGUUUAGAUUACAGCACAGAGAAUCAUGUGGUGCCUCGAAACUACAGUCUCUUAACUGCUAGCAAACUUGAUCACAUGCAAAUUGAGCCCACUUGAAGACCCAGUACUCAUUUGUCGGAUUCCUGACCUGGUCUUUGCAGCAAAAGUGAUCCUGAAUUUCCAAGCACACACCGGAGUCAUAGACCUUUUUGUAAUUGAAAGUGAGAAGCUGAGGAGACUGAAAAAAAGCUUCAAGUAAGUGCCCAGAUAGCAUUUUUCAUUCCCAGGAUGGCUCUUGGCAUUGUUUGGAUUUUGACACAUAAAGAAUACUUUCUUUGAUCAGUUUUCUCUGUAAUUAAUGAGGAUUUUUCCAUUGCUGUUAGAGAAGUCACUUGCUUUUCUUAUGAAAUGAAAUAUAAUUUAAAAAGAGCAAUAUAUAGGAUCAAGUGUAUGUUUAUAGUUUAGACGGUGAGUCUGUGGAUCACACUGUAUCUCUUCUGCAUCUCUGAAGAUGUUGUCAAAAUUAUAUGGGCUUACACCCUAAACUGAGAACCUCUAUAAAGUAGAUGUUUUUAAUAUAAUAAAACAUUUGUCAAUGAAGUCGUUGCUAAUUUUGAAGUUUUAUAAAUCAUAGAAAACCAAUCCCUACAAUUUUUUCAGUCAAAGCUUUCCCUAAGAGAGCUCUCACAAGUCAUGCUAAUCAUAAAGCCUGAAAAUUUUUUUAAAAUUUUUGAAAAAAAACCUUUGGUACAAAGGAGCAAAAAUCAUCCACUGGCUAUGUGUGAUUGAUGCUCUGUGGCAUGUAUCUGUAUUAUCUGAGUUGGGAUUUUCAGAAGUUCUAGUUACCCAUACAGCUAAUGGCAUGGACUGAUAGAAGAAUGUUAAGAUCUCCUUCCCUUCUGUUCCAUUGUAAUUACAGCAACCAAAUUACCCAAAGGGCAUUGUCAAAGAAAUAAGCACUUACACAUUUUGAAAAAUUUCAUUGAAGAAAUUCUAGGAAUAAAGGUGUGAGAUUGUUAUUGGUGAAAAACAAGUGCAGUUUGUUAUAAAUAAUUUACUUUCCAGUCCCAUAUAAACUUAGCUUAUUUUUUUGGUAGAGGCAGGCUAUCAUACGUUAUGGAGGACACUUAUGCUAUCUAAUUUUUAGAUGGACAAUAGAAUUUCCCACUGGAAACUGAUGCCUUUGUUUGAGUAUAUUGGGUAGAUUCACUGGUUCUUGGUAUUCCUAUUGACAGAGCUGGAAAAGAACCAGAUUAUCUAUACUCCUGGUACUGUCUGCAGCACCUUUUUUUUUCCAGCAUCUAUUUUCAAGUAGAAUCAGGAAAUUCUGGCAUCUUUAUUACUCAGACAUAAAAGUGAUAAAUUAGGCCUCAAAAUUCACCAGUGCAAAUAUCCCAAAGUUCUACAGAAUUUCAGCAGCAACUUUAUUAUGCUCUCUUGCUAGUUAUGCAUAUUUUUUCCAGCAAUUGGCUUUCUUGCUUUUAAAUAGGAAAUCUGUCACAACUUGAAAAGGGCAGAGAUCUCUCCAAGCUACCUCAUAAGGGUAUUUAAAGACAAAAUGGCAUGCAACCUUUGACUAAAUGGCAGUACAUUAAAGCCAAAAAACAGCUGUAUUUAUCACCUCUCCUUGAUGCUCCUUCACUUUGUCAACUUAGACUGAGCUAAAUGUAAAAUGAACAUCCCUCCAUGCAGCCCUACUUAUACAUUCACAUUCAGGCAAUAUAAUAUUCAUCAAUAUGAAAUUUCUCAGGGCAGUUGCUUGGUUGUUUCUCUGCAGACAGCCUAGAGCACAGAAAAUGGUUCAGAAUGAAAAUAGCCUGACAUUGGCUUUGAGGCAGUAGUCUACCUAGUGAGAGGUACACUUAAAUAAAGGAAAAAUUACAAGCGCCCUUUUUAUCCAUGGAGGGAAAAUGUUUGUUUAAUUGUCCUAGACAAAUAGAAGAAGGUAAAGUUACGAAUAGCUGGUAAUUUACUUAAAUUUCUUUUCCAUCAUUGCAUUAAUUUCUAUAAAUUAAGCUUCUGAAGUGCAAGUUCUAGGUAGAACCUUAGAAUCAGUGAGAGGAAAACUACUAUGAAGAUAAAUUCUUUCCUCAUAUAUAGACAACUUAUAGGAAUUAAGGAUUUUAAACAAUUUUAUUUUCUUUUUUUCUUUUUUGACAGGCAGAGUUAGACAGUGAGAGAGACAGAGAUAGAGUUACAGACACAGAGAGAUACAGAGAGAAAGGUCUUCCUUCCAUUGGUUCACUCGCCUAAUGGCUGCUACAGCUGGCACUGCGCUGAUCCAAAACCAGGAGCCAGGUCCUUUCUCCUGGUCUCCCAUGCAGGUGCAGGAGCCCAAGCACUUGGACCAUCCUCCACUUCCCUCCAAGGCCACAGCAGAGAGCUGGACUGGAAGAGGAGCAACUGGGACUAGAACCUGGUGCCCAUAUGGGAUGCUGGCACUGCAGGUGGAGGAUUAGCCAAGUGAGCCACAGUACCGGCCCCAAGGUUUUUAUUUCCUUUAGGCAAAUGAUUGGAUUUAUUCAUCAGCCAUUUUUCAAUCCACAUUUAAUAUUUUUAUCAUUAAUCAUAUUGCUUUUUUCCUCUGUUCAAUUUUUUAUCAUUUCCAAAAUAACUUUUCCUCAAAGCAAUUAGAAUAUUUUUCCUUAGGCAAAAAUGAGCAUGUCUAGAAAGAGCUGAAUAAGAGCUCAGCAAAAUUAUACUAGAUAUGUGAGAGCACAUUUGCAAGCCCCAAAGUUUGGGGGAAGUACUACUCAUUAUUUAUGUGUGCAUGAAGUUGAAAUUCCCCAUUUGUUUUAAUGGUGACAGCUGACACAGCACAGGACAUUCUGCUUAGCAGACAUUCAAUAGUUAUCUAUUCAGGGAAAAAAUAAAUAAAAGAAUCUUCCAGCCUCUGACUUUUCAGCCUGAGACCUAAUUGAAAGAAUUAUUUAACAAUCUCAAUCUGUAAGAACUCUUAUUUGGAUGUUUUUGUUGUUUUCUGGAAUUCUCUUUUAUAGCCAGUUAUACUGGAAUGAGCUCCAUUAUAUAGGAAGAAAUUUAGAUUUGUUGAAAGUGUUUUUUCUGAUAAGUUGAAACGCUAGAGACUAGAACUAUAUAUAUCUUCAUAAUAUACAAGAAUGGAAUGUUACUGAACAUAAGAAAACUAUCAAAGAAUAGGAGUGAUUAAAGAAAGUUUCAGCAAGAAAAUUUUAUAAAAUGCAGAACUUCUGAAGAGAGGAUGAAGCAACUGAACUAAAAUUUGAGAGGUUCUAUUUUCUGUUUAUUAAUUUGGCUUUAAAAAAUAAACACAUCAGAAGAAGUCUGAAAAACUGAAACACAGAAAUUUCCAAAAGCUUGACUAUUACCCCUUCAGAAAAUGGGACCAGAAAUUUUAGGAUCAAGGUUCACUGUGGAUGAGGUUCUCAAGCACCUCUUGAUUGCUGGGGAUAGUACUCAUUUGCUCAGAAAAUAUUUGGAAUCAUCUAUUGGUCUCUGUGCUGACUUUGAGGAAUAAAUACUAUGUUGAGGGAAUCUGUGGCUAGGAUGCUUGAGAAAAGCAAAGAAGCAAUCAUGAAUUGAUCCACUUUGAAGUUAGGAUAAGAUUCUAAUAGAGAUGGAAGACUGAUACCACAGCCUGGGAGAGAAUGGAAUAUAGAAGGACUUUCAGAUGGAAAGCAAGUUGUACAGGGUAAAGGCCCUAGCAGAUGACAUGACAUUAAUAGGGACCUAAAUGAGAGUGGAAAUGGAGAGGAAUCUAUUCUAAGUAAUAUUAUAAAGCACUACCAGGAUAUGGGGAGCUGUUCUGAGUUGGAAGAAGGAUCAUGGGAAAAAAUAAAAAUAAAAAGCUCUUUCUGAGAUGCCUUAUUGGGUUUCAAUGCGGUCAGAAGUUUAUACAUUCUAGACACCCAGCCUUCAGUUCUGUAUUUUAUCUGUUAUGGUCAAGGAUACAAAAAGUAAGUAAUAUCAUAUGAACAUAUUAUCUAUUGCUUAGAAUAUAGUGCUUAUAAGAGUCAGUCUAGGACUUAAGUUUGAUUCUUCUAAUGGUGUUAUGUUAAAAUGUGCUCUAUAUCACAAAUGCCCACAAGCCAUCUGGGCAUCUCAUCCACACCUGGUAUUGCUCAAAGUGCAAGAGUGAGAGACUGACUUGGAUCAAUUGGAACCCAAACCCUCCAGGAAAAACAAUUCAAACUAUUAGGUUCAAAAUAAUCAUCUAUGUUAAUAUCAUUAAUUUUAUCAACAAUUCACAUAAUACCUAUCUAAUAGGGUAGAUUGUGUUUUCCCUACAUUAUAAAUUGUUUUAAGAAAGAAAAAAACACUGUAAACAAGUCCUACAUCCCUAUGGUAUAUCAUCUUUUCAUCAUAAAUCAGUACGAAAGGUGCCUGUCCAGAAAAGUCUAAAUUCCAGUUAUGUGAUUAGAAAUAGCAGCACAUAUGUUUCUCCCCCUGCUUGUCCUUUUCUAAAUGCAAAUUUAAGACAAUACACUGGUUCAAAUGCUUAAAACUGUUUUUUAAGUCACUUGCUUAUGAUUCACUUUUCCUUUCUUUGAACAUCCCAGUGAGGUAUAAUAAAUUACAUAAUUUGAGGCAUAAAAUAAAACCAUUUAUACAUUAAUAUUUUCAUUUUUUUAGUUAGAGUCUUAAUUAUAAUUAGCACUCUCAAAAACCUAGCAACCAAGACUACAAGGUAAUUUUGAGGACUAUCUUUAAACCUUCAUACGAGAAACAAGCAUUUCCUAUUGAUGCUGUGCAGAGCUACAGAUAAGGCCGAGUUGCUCUGGGGAGGUCCCAUGUUGGAACUUGUUCAAGGGGACAUCUGUUCACAGCGUUGUGAUGGAUAUAAAUCCACCAACCAAGUGGCCUUGGGAGACUGGCCAAUAAACAUACUACAAGAGACAUUUUGGAAAAUCCCAGUAUUAGCAGCACUGAUGAUUCUCAAAUUUUGCUAUAUAUCAGAAUGACCUAUAGAGAUUUUUUAUUUACACAAAGGGAACAGAUUUCAUGCAUUUCAUAUAUACAUUUUAAGAACAUAAUGAUACUUCCCACCCUCUCUCCUCCUUCCUUAUUUAUCUUAUAAUUUUUGCAAUGACAUACUUUCAAUUUACUUUAUAACCGCAAGCAUAAUCCUCCACUAAAUAAAUAAUUCAGCAAGCUGUAAGUAAAAAGACCACUGUUCCUCAGGAGUAUAGACAAGGGCUAUAAAAAUAAACAAAUAUCAAGAUGUUGGUUUCAUUUAUAUAUAUAUUACCUUUUUGUAUUCUAUAUAUUAGUUAUCACAAAUCAGAAAAACUAUGUUAUUUCUCUUUUUGGGACUGGCUUAUUGCACUAAGUAUAAUUGUCUCCAGUUGUAUCCAUUUUGCUGUGAAAAACAGGAUUUCAUUCUUUUUUAUGGCUGAGUAGUAUUCCAUUAUGUAUAUCUACCAAUUUUAUAUCCAGUAAACAAUUGAUAGACAUCUGGGUUGAUUCCAUAUUUAGCUAUUACAAAUUCAGCUGCUAUAAAGUUAACUCUUUCAUAUGCUGCUUUAUUUCUUUUGAGUAAAUUCCCAAGAGUGGGAUGGCUGGGUCACAUGGUAUAUCUAUUUUCAGCUUUCUGAAGAAUCUCUAUGUUGUCUUCCAUAAUGGUUGUACUAGUUUAGAUUCCCACCAACAGCGAAUUAGUGUACCUUUCCCCCCACAUUCUUGCCAGCAUUUGUUAUUUUUUUCAUUUUUGGAUGAUAACCAUCCUAACUGGUAAAGUGAAACCUCAUUGUGAUUUUUAUUUGCAUUUCUUUGAUGGCUAGUGGUCCUGAGCAUCAUUUUAUGUGUCUAUCAGCAAUUUAUAUUACAUAAUUUAAAAAUAUAUUUUUCAUAUCCUUAGUCCAUUUCUUAACAAAACAAACCUAGAGAGAUUUUUUAAAGUCCCAAUGCCCAGAUUUCAUACCAGAUGAAUGAAGUCAGCAUCUCUGGUAGUGGAAUCCAGACCCCAGUAUUUUUAUAAGAUCCCCUAUUGAAUGCAAUGUGCAGCAAAAUUUGAAAGUCAACGUCUUAGACCAAAAAAGUCAACAAAUGGGCCGGUGUCAUGGCUCACUUGGCUAAUCCUCUGCCUCUGGCACCAGCACCCUGGGUUCUAGGCCCAGUUGGGGUGCCGGAUUCUGUCCCGGUUGCUUCUCUUCCAGUCCAGCUCUCUGCUGUGGCCCGGGAAGGCAGUGGAGGAUGGCCCAGGUCCUUGGACCCUGCACCCGCAUGGGAGACCAGGAGGGAGCACCUGGCUCCUGGCUUCCAUAGCAGCCAUUUGGAGGGUGAACCAAUGGAAAAAGGAAGACCUUUCUCUCUGUCUCUCUCUCUCUCUCACUAACUCUGCCUGUCAAAAAUAAAAAUAAAAAAAAAAGUCAACAAAUUUAAUCUAACAAAUACUAAUAGAGCCCUGAUAUUGAGAGAACAUUUAAAAGCUGCAAGAUUAAAGCAUCUGUGUCAUCUAUAUCUAGAACACAAGCCAGAACUUGUGUAGAGUCCCAAAAGGAGUACCCAGAAGGCUGAGAGAUUAUUUCUAGUAGAGCCAGGCCUAGUGGUAGUAUAUUACAUUUAAGACAGCACUUCAAUUCUUUGGCCCGAGAUUAUUGACCAUAUGGUAUGACCAGCCCAAGAAAGCCAUACAACAACAAAUACAUUAAUUUGCAAUUGUGUAAGUAUUGGGUGAGGUAUCUGGAUCAAAAAAUAAGUUAGUAGAAUGUUGUGAUUUACAUGAUAAAAGGAAUAAUGGCCUAAAAUAGAAUUGUAACCCUGAAUAUAAAAAAGAAAGAAAUAUGACUUGGCUACCCAAGAACUUUUGAGAGUCCAAAACAACAGAAUAUAGUACCCAACAUUGGAAUAUUCAAAUCUGUGGGCUUGACAAAUACUGUGGAUAUUACAAUAACCAAUCAUUCACCCUUUGCAUGAUCUAUUCAUUAUAAUACUCUAAUUUAUAUUUUAAUAAUAAUACUCCUGUGGUUUUUAACAUGUAAAAGCUAUUGUUACCAUGAGAGAUGAGGAAAUCACUGUCUUCCCAGAGAGAUUUAUUUGGUUCUCUGUUCUUAGGGAAAAAUUGGUUUAAUUGUUUCACCUUUUAAAAACAGAAAAUAAAAGUUGACUCACAGAAAAAAAAAGCAAAUUUUAAGAAAACUAAUAGGUACAUUUGAUCUUUUGUACUUUUAUUAAGAUUGCUGGAUGUUCAGGUACAUGAUAUCUCUAUGUAUGCAGUCAGAGAAUCUACAAUAAUAUCCAGAGUAACCGACAUACAUAAUUACACAUCAAUUUAAUCAUAAAAUGUUGAAAUUUGUAUUUUGUGGAAUUUAUUAUUUCAGUUGACUUAGAAACAAGAUGACUGUUCUUCCCACAAUUAGACAUCUGGUAUUCAGUCAUCUUUUCUGAAAAUUUUUGUAAGAUACCUGUAUUCUACCGUAAAGACAUGGUGUUGUCAUUUUUAACCAUCAGCAUUGGUUAAUGUUGAACCAGUAUGUAAAAUAUAAUUUUCACCAUAUAUCCUUACACAAAGCAAUUACAUAAUUCAAUAGGGUCUGUCUCCAUUUAAUUCAUUUUACCUAUUGUCCUGUUCAACAAAUCACAGUUAAAAAUAUGUGCUUUUUUUAACAUUAGUAUUAAAAUGACCAUACAUAAUUCACUUAAACUCUUUGUGUCCUCUACAGCUUUCAUAGAAACUAAAAUAUGUAAGGAAAGGUGAUUCAACUAUGCUCUAAAAAAUUUGGAUCUUGGAACCACAAUGGCAUGCAUUUGGGUCACAGAACAGUUCAAUCAUCCACCUCCCUUUGAGUCACGGUUUGCACCAGGUAGCUUACUACAAAACACAUAAUCAUGCAUUAAUUCAUUCACUCAUCAAAUAUCUCAUUCAAUAAGCAUCUUAGACUCAUGUACGUAUCAGGCUUUGAGAAUAAAUGCAAAGAGAAAUCCAGUGUAGCCAAACCCAUCAAGGAAUUUAGAACAAGGAACGUGUGGGUGAGAUAGUUACGCAUAAUUUUCACAAAAGUACUGGGUAUCAUUAUGGAACAGUGAUUCCCAGACCUAAACAUGCAUCAAAAUCACCUGCAGAGCUCAUCAAACACAGAGCUCAGGCCUCACCUCCAGAGUCUCUUAUUCAGCGGGUCUUGAGGAGCCCAUGAAAAUUUGCAUUCUUAAUAAGUUCACAGAUUAUUCCAAUGCUACUGGUCUGAGAAACCACACUUAAUAUCACUUAAAAAGAAGUUCAUGAACAACAGUACACUUUCUGAGAACAGCUGAAUAAAAUCUUUCUAGAGAAGGAGGUGAAGACAAGUUCAGCUUCUCACCAGCAGGCCUGAAAGGCUACAGGGUCAAAAUUUGCAAGGGCAUUUUAGGCUACAGAAACAAAACUGCCUGACAUGAGGCCGGGCUUGCCAGGUCUGCCUGUAGAUAAAAUUCAUCUGGAAGGCUGGUUCAUCACCCCAGGUGGGGGCCUUAGCAACAUGUAUUUGCAACCAUCUCCUAAGAAGUUCUUCUAGUGAAAAAAACUUAGGACACAUUGAGCCAAGGUAUGAAAUAUUAAAUAAUAUAUCUUUUUUUGAGAAGUCCUGGUGUUGAGUGGUUCAACCAGAAUGCAUAGGUUGGCAGAAAAUAUACAGGACAUGAAUUAAGUUUGAAUUUUUAAUAAACAAGGAAUAAUAUUUUUAGUCUAAGUAUGUGCUUUGCAAUAUUUGGAACCCAUCAUACUAAAAACUGUUUAUAUGAAAUUCAAAUUUAAUGUUUUUUAUUUGCUAAAUUGAACAACAUGUAGGAUAUAGGAUAUAUGUCAGACAGGAAGAAGGACCAAAAGAAAUGAGACUAAAGCAAUAUCAUAUAUCUAUAAAACAAUAUCACUGUAUGUAGGAUGAUACAGAUUUAGCACAUUGCUAAUGAAGCUUGUGGUUCAGAGUCCUCAGCUUGCAUAAGUCCUUCCAAGGUCCCGGAUAUUCCCUGGUAGUGAGUUCACAUCAUCAUAGGUUUAUAAAAUAUUUACAAAAGUAAAAAGUAAAAAGUAAAAGUAAAAGUAAGUAUCAAGCAGAACAUAAAAAGAACACCAAUAAAUACCAGCUCCAUGGGGGAAAUAUUAAGUACUGUGGAAGCCAAAAGUAUUUGAGGAUAUUUGUGUUCUGUUCUCAUGAAAAACUGCUACUUGAAGUCCAAAUAUCUUCACCACUGGCAAAAUGAAGUGUACCCUUUGAUUUACCCUACAUGUGUGCAAUGAAUUUCCCAGUGGCAUACAGAGAAUAUUCCAUUUCCCAAAUAUAUCAUCAUAAGACAUUAUGUUCAUGAAGCCUCUUAAAGAAUUAGUGUCCUAUAGGCAAACUUUAGAAGAUGUUCUAUUAAGAAGCUUAUCUUUGUUACCAAAGUGCAGAUAUGUGUUUAAUGAAACUUUAUUAAAGUUCCAGAUAAGAUGUAGUAGGCCUGUGUAAAUCAGUUCUUAUUCCUAAAUAAUAUUGCUGCUUCUAAAUAAUCCUGUGAUUUAGCAGAAGAAAAGAAUACUUAAAGGAAAAUGAUUCACCACCAUGAGUAAGUUAAUUGAGAGUCUGGGUUUCCACUAAAAGAAGAUAAAGCUGAUUUUCCCCUCUGUUCCACUAGAAAUUUUAGGAAUGAGAAGUAAAUAAGUGGAAACCAAGUUGAAAGAGAUGAAAAAGAGGAAAAUGAGGAGGAAAAAAAUUACCAAAAUUUUGAUCUAGAAACCAAGUGCAUUAAUGGCCUGAUAUUUUAUUUUUCAUCCUCUUAGAAAUUUCUACAACAGUAUAGCAUGAGGAAAAUUGUUUUUCUGAUAACUUUAGUAAAGAGAAAUUAGUCUACAAAAUGCAUUUUGUUGAAAGUGGCUGUAAGCAAAUUUUUGGUUCCAACACUGCCUGAACUGUGAUGUAUGUCAGGUUGGGAUUAUUUUUAAAAAGUCAUAUUCUAACAAAAGCAAUGGUUGGUAAACCCAACAAUUCAUUAAAGAUUGCUCUACAAGGUCAGGCUGAUCAUUACCAAUACCUUUAAGAACUGUUGAAACUCAGAGUCACAUGCAAAAUGACUCUAGGGGUCAAACAUCUCCUUUCAAACAUUUCAUUAGGUUAUCUUUGUGAAUUAUGUCUAAAGAGUUAGAGUACAUAGUUGUUUUCAAUAAUAGGAAGUAUCAACUAAAGGUUCACCAAGACAAUGCUUAUUGGUUGGAAGAAAGCCUAUGAACAACUGGAAAUAUGGGCAGAAAUGUUGGAACUGGGAAUUAAAAUGGUGUGAUGAACUAGCCAUGCAAUUCAUUUACAAAUGCAUUUAAAAAACAUUUAUUAUGUACCAAAUACCAAGUCCUGUACAAGGGCAAAGCAAUGUUCAAACUGAGCAAAUGAAAAAAAAAAAAAGAUUGCUGAAUAUUAAAAAUAAGAAAGCAACUGUUUAACUGAAGCACUUGUAAUGAGACAUUAGUAAGACCAAAUUAUUAUUUACCUGCUAUUAAACUAAUCUAAAAAUUGUUCAAAAUCUUAAUUUUUGUUGGCCAUUAAAAAAUAAAUUACUUUACAUUUUUAUUUGUUUUUUAUAACAAGCAUUAAAGAAUGUUAGAUGUAUUGGGGGUAAAAUGGUAAGCUAUAGAAGACAAGAAAACCAAGUAAAUUGAUUAGUGAGUUAACAAUACAGAAGAUAUAAACUUAAGGGUAUAAAUCAUUUUGCUUGAAAUUAAUACAGCAAAUUAAUGAGUAUAGGUACAAUCUGGCUCUAAAGCUCAUACCAUUACCCAUGGAAGAAACAUUGUUCAAUAGCAGAAUCAGGCAAGAAAUGAGACACAGAGGGAAAAGUAAACCUAACAAAAGUACAUUCACAAAGAAGGUUAUGCAGUCAUAUCCCACACUAUUACCACUUCUCAUUUUUACUUAAACAGCAACGAUUAAGAUUCAGGAGGAUGGUUUCAAUAAUGGGAAAAUCAUGACUAACUGACUUGAGGGGAAGGGGAAAGGCUCUACUAAAAUAGAGAAAAACAAUCAUUUUCCUCUGGACACUAGGUUCUGAAGCAUCUGUCCAGUUUGAAAUUUAGCAGAGGAGCAAUUGUAAUACCCCAAGCACUAGACUGAGACUUAUAUGUUCCAGUAAAGCAAUGAUCUUAGAGACAUCAAAUGGCAUCUUCUUAUCUUCUUCAUUCAAUUUCAGCAUGGAGCACAAGUCUGUUCACUUGUUGGGCAAUAUUCAGGGUAUUCCUCCACUGCUCAUCCAUGACCUAAUUACUUAAGUAAAUGAGUCUCAAGAAAUAUUUCAAACUAGUGAAAUUAGAUUUUUGUAGCCUUCUCUCUGAUAUAUUUAUAAUUUCUGACCCCUACUGAUAUCUCUGACCUUGCUAGGUAACAAUAUGCAGAGAAAUUUGAGUCAUGAGUUCUGAGGAAGAAACAUAAAUAAAAGCAGACCUUGCAGAGGUUCGGUACUACUACUAAUCAAGGAAAGGAGGUUUUACAUAGAUGGAACCGCUAUUUUCUUCAGACAAGGGGAAGAGGUCUACAAAUGUAUAGAUACCUCUCUCUCUCUCUCUCUCUCUCUCUCUCUUUUUUUAUUUGACAGGUAGAGUUAUAGACAGUGAGAGACAGAGACAGAGAGAAAGGUCUUCCUUCCAUUGGUUCACUCACCAAAUGGCCGCUACAGACGGCACUGCACCGAUCCGAAGCCAGGAGCCAGGUGCUUCCUCCUGGUCUCCCGUGUGGGUGCAGAGGCCCAAGCACUUGGGCCAUCCUCCACUGCCCUCCUGGGCCACAGCAGAGUCGGACUUGAAGAGGAGCAACCAGCCUAGAACCCGGGACCCCUUUGGGAUGCUGGCGCCGCAGGCAGAGGAUUAACCAAGUGAGCCAUGGCGCCGGCCCCUAGAUAUCUCUUGAUUAGAAUGGGAAAAGAAGUUCAUCACCAGACAAAAACGAGAAUUCAGUGAAUCUAUUCCAAGUUCCAUUCUAAUGUGUUUGUUUUCAUGGCUAUAUUGUCAAUAUUCUUUAAUUUUCUCAUCCUGAAUUGUAGAUUUCUUUAUUUGUUCUUAACUAACAGACAAUUUAAUGUAUUUCUUUCAUUUGAUUACCCUGAGUUCAGUAUUAAAUUCUGUAGGAGAUAGAGCAAAUAUAUGAUGUAGUUUAUGCCCCUAAGUUGAUAAUGAUAUCUUUGAAGAUGCUAAUAGAGGAAACAGUCCAGAGCAAUAAAACAGAACUUAAAAAAUAAUUGAUGAUAAAUUACAUGGUUCAUGGUUUAGACUUAAAAGAUUGAUAUCAAAGAUUAAUGGCAUUAAAACACUUAGAGAAAAAAAAACGCACCUUCGGGUAGGCCUUGAAAAAGGCAUUGGAUCUGCCUAAGCAGAUGAUCCAGCUCUUCACAGAUGUUGACUGAGGAGGAAGAUUCAGGAAAGAGGGCAAGCUCCACUCGGUUUUUCUGAAUACCUCCUUCUCUGUAAGCACCGCCCUUGCCCCGGUCUCUGUUGUUUUCUCUGCGACAAGUAUGCACCCUCUUGAAUAUUUUGCUCCCACCAUCCUGAAUUCUCUUCUUCCCCCAAAUAAACAUAAGUCUUCCUUACUUCUUUUGGGCUUCUUAUUACCUACUAGAUAAGUAUUGAACAUUAGAAAGACCAUCCAUGACCAUCUUAUAAAUAAAAUACAUUGUCUCUUU